AUGAUGGGCUUCCAUGAAAACUUGGUUGCCCUCAACUGCAUGAUUGAUGGCUUAUGUAAAGCUGGUCAAAUUGAUCGUGCAAUGGAAUUGUACAAAUCAAUGGAGACUAAAGAUUCAUUUACCUACACCUCCUUGGUGCACAAUCUUUGCAAGGCUGGAAGGUUUCGAUUGGCAUCCAAGCUUAUGAUGAAAUGUUUAAGACAUGGGAAGAAAAUACCCAAGGCUACCCAACGGGCUGUCUUUGAUGGUCUUUAUAGUUCAGGGUUUACAGACGAAGCAAGGAAGCUUUGGUGGAAAAUUCGAGUGGCUCGAAUAUUGCAUUAG